AUGGAGCUGCCAAAUAGCAAGACUGCUCUCAAUGCAUUCACUGUUAUGUUGGCAAAGGAGUUGGCUGCCGAUGGAUUCAAAGUUCAUUCAGUUGCACCGGGAUUCGUAAAAACACCAAUGAAUAACUUUACAGGUGAACUCGAACCUGAAGUUGCUGACAACAUUAUCUAUGAAGCUGCGAUCAAAGACAAUGAUACUGGUAGAUUCUUGGGUUCAUCAUUUAUUUUUAACAGUUUUAAUGAUACAGCUACUAUUUUCUAUCGAACAACUACAUUUGAUACUGCAAUGAAUAGAUUGGAUGAUCAUAAUAGAAAAUAA